CUCCACUAAUCUCCAUUCGGCGGUCCAGUGAUCAACGGCACUUGCUGAAUUGUUCGUUUGUGGAGAAAGUAACUAAACUUCUCUCUGUGUUUCAUCCUUCUCCCAUCACUUGCCUCCCACCCUAAGGGUUGUUGCUACAGUAAUUCGAGGGUCCGCCCUGUUCCAUCUGCCUUAGCUGCAGUAAAUCCCUCCCUAAUGGUUAGGGUUAUUAUGGCCCGGACCCAUUGGGACGCUGCGUCCAAUUUGCUGCCGCUGCCCGGAGCAGGCGUCGGGCAGAAAUCCUGGAGUACUAAUGGUUUCUAGCAUCAUUCUUGCGUCUCGCCUCCAUCUCUAAUGCUAGAUGGUUGGCGUUUCGCUGCCCAUUCACGGAAAAUUCCAAUAUUGGUUGGCUGUAAUCGUUUGCGUUGGUCUGGUAUCGACCAUUAGCCUGACUUUUCUAUACCAGUCCUUUUUGGCCGCCCUGGUGGUUUUCACCAUGACGCGUCGGUUAGCCUCCAGUCCAAAUGGAGGGUCUGUGGAGUAAAAACAGAAGGGCAGAAAGACCCCAUAACAAGGAAAAAAGAAAAGAAA